UAGACUACUCAUCAGACGACUCAGGAAAUAUGCUGAAUGUUGUGGAGCAGCAUCUAAAUGAAGACUUGCAAGAACAGUAUGAUUCAGAAUCACAACAGAAUACCAUAAUUAAUAUGCAAGAUCAAGUGCUAUGGUAUGAAAUUGAUAGACUAAAUGAUUCCAUGGAUGUUACCAGUGAAAGUAACUCAGAGCUAGUUUUGUCUCUGGAGAAAAAGCUGUCUGAGUGGGCAAUGAAAUUCAACAUCUCCAUGACCUCUCUCACUCAUUUGCUUAAGAUUUUGAAGGAACAUGACAUUGAUGUUCCAGCAGACGGACGAACACUAUUGAAAACACCUCGUUCUGGCAGUUUGAGAAUAACUGAAAAAUCAUGUGGCAAAUACACAUAUUUUGGAUUAAAGGAAGGUCUUACGCAUACUCUGUCUGAGCAAGACACUUCAAAAUACGACCACUUUGAGAUUUCUUUGAAUAUUGAUGGCCUACCCAUUUUCAAGUCCAAAAACCUCACAAUGUGGCCACUUCAGUGUGCUGUCAUCAACAUUGAUGAAGUGAAAAACAGUCCUUUUGUUGUUGCUCUGUUUUCUGGAGCAAAGAAACCAAAUGAUUUGGAGUUUUUGAGGGAUUUUAUGGAGGAGCUGCAAGAACUGAUGGAAACAGGCUUUAAAAGGAAGAGAAUUGUCCUAAAAACAUCAUAUGUGAUGCACCAGCACGAGCCCUCAUCAAAGGAAUAGUUCAGUUUAAUGGCCGCUAUGGCUGUGACUUUUGUGAUCUAAAGGGAGUUCAUGAGAGCAAAAUGCUUUUUUUGUAUAAAGGAAAUCUCAGAACCAAUGAGUCAUUUAGACAGAAGACAAAUCCUGAACAUCACAAAACAGAUAGCAUUCUUUUGAAUCUGGACAUUGAUAU